AUCUCCUCCGCACCGCACCCACAACCUCCACAGCAGAUUCCAAAUCCUCUCUCGCCUUCUCAUCCCAAUCUCCUCCGACUCCGACGAUGUCCGGCCGCGGCAAGGGAGGCAAGGGCCUGGGCAAGGGCGGCGCGAAGCGCCACCGCAAGGUGCUCCGCGACAACAUCCAGGGCAUCACCAAGCCGGCCAUCCGCCGCCUCGCCCGCCGCGGCGGCGUCAAGCGCAUCUCCGGGCUCAUCUACGAGGAGACCCGCGGCGUGCUCAAGAUCUUCCUCGAGAACGUCAUCCGCGACGCCGUCACCUACACCGAGCACGCGCGACGCAAGACCGUCACCGCCAUGGACGUCGUCUACGCGCUCAAGCGCCAGGGACGCACACUCUACGGCUUCGGCGGCUGAGUCAGCACCUUGGCUCCGGCCGGCGGACGGAUCCUGCUGCUGCUGCCUGCUGUUUCUUGUUGCGUUGUGCUUUAGUUCCCCCGCCCCCGUGUGUUAGUUCAGUAAAAUCUGUCGUGAAUCUGGUGGUUGGCAAUGGCGGCCUCUGUAGUGAGAUCCAACUUCUAGUUGCAACUCAUGUACUACUUUCCUUUGCCUGCAAUGAAAAGCUAGUUUCUGUCCCAGAAUAAUACCGAGGCUCCUUCUGCAAUGUGUUCUUUUGAGAUUCAUAUUGUGCAUGCUGUCAGUCCAAGGUUAAA